GUUCUAUCUUAGAUUUAUUUAUUGAGGAUCUUAAACCCAGAACCCCAAUAAAGAGAACCCGGAAAAUGAGGGAAGAUGAUGAGGCAUCCAGAGCUUUCAAUGGAUCCAAGGAGCCCAUGAGUCUCGCUAAGGAGGAUGAAGAGGAAUCCCCUGUUAAGAUGCAAAAGCUUGAAGAGAAGACGAGGAGUAUAAAUGAGAAAGGUGAUGGAUUAAACCAAACAGAUGAAGCAGAUGUGGAGAUGAGAGAGAAUGAUCGGGAUCAAAAAGUGGAUGAGGAAAACUCAGAUAUGGAGGUGGAGCAGGACCACAAGUCCAGUUUGAAAGGUUCCUCAGACCAGCAUGAGACAGAAAAAGUGCAUCCUGCCCCUGUAUUGGAAGAACAUCUGGAAAGUGAGGCAUUAGAGGGCAGUCAAAUGUCUAUUCACCUAAAGAAUGAAGAAAAUUAUAGACCAGUUGCAAAAUAUGGAGGUCCUUCUAGUUUGGGUGCUGUUCAAGAAGCUUUUAAAUUGAGAAAUCGGAAAAGCAUGACCUAUCAGAAUCCCAUAAGGGAGAAACCCAAAAGUUGUGUUCUUACUAUAGAUCCCCAUAUUCUAAACAAUACCACACAUCCCCCUGGACUUAGCAAUUGGAAUAGAUACCCACCAACUGAAACCCAGAAGAGUAACAUCUACCAAACAUUGAAAUAUCCCAUCACAAUUCAAACCGCUAAUCACAAAAACACAGAAUUGAAGAAUUUGCAGAAACCAGUCACCUCAAAAGCAAGUCCACCCUCCUCCUCUAAAGUCUGGACGUCGUAUGUGUGCAAGCUUCUUCUGUGGUCUCUGAUACUGACAGGAUUACUGGGUUUGGUCUUUUUGGUUUGUCAAAAGUUCUUACGCUCAUCGCCUCAAAAUGAUGUGGUCAGUCCUAAAACAGUGGAUAAAUUUGAUCUGGAGUUAAUAGCUCUAGAGGCUCUUUUUCCCAGUCAGCGCUCAGUGUUCUGGAAGAGGAGUAGGAAACAUCUUAAGAGCCACCUGGAGAAGGUCAACCCCUCGGAACCAGUCAGUGUAAUUCUGACUGCUGGUCUUCAGGCUGAAAGGACGUUGGGCUGCAUUGCUCGAAGCUUAGCCAUGGCGUACUCCGCAACCCAUAAUGCUUCGAUCUUAGAAAUCAAAGGGACCACCAUAAGUGAACAAGACAGUACGCAGGUCAAGCUGGAGAUUGAUGAAGCGCUGAGGAAAGCAUUUGAAGGUGAUAAACCUGCAGCUGUUGUGCACCGCUUUGAGGAGCUCCCUCCUGGAUCUACGCUCAUAUUCUAUCGUUACUGUGACCAUGAGAAUGCAGCUUACAAGAAGGUUUUCCUGGUCUUCACUGUGAUGCUUUCGGUGGAUGAAAUAGCCCCGACGACCAGUCUAAGUGCAGUGGAGGACAUGGUACAUGACCAUGUAAAACAGAAGUUUGUCAUCUCAGACAAAUCCACUAUGUUUAAUCAAAUGGAUGUGGAUAAACUGAGUGGACUGUGGAGCAGAAUUUCUCACCUCAUCCUGCCAGUGGCUGCAGAAGAGAAAAUUGAACAGCAGGGGUGUGAGGCAUAACCUUACGGAAAAUUAUAAGAUUGCAUCACUCUGUUGGGCUGGAUAAGUCAUUUGGCAGAAUUCUGAGUUAAAGUGGUCUAGUUCAUGGAUGUGCAGACCACAUAAAUGUACAUAGAGGUCUUUAUUCCAAAGGUUUUUAAAAAUAUAUCUGUUUAUAAAUGUUUUAUACAAAUGGUUUUGUAUUUGCCUCCAUUUUGGUUCUUUGUUUCCUUUGAUAAAAUGUGUGUGAAGGCAGACACUUGAUCAUAUAAUAUUGAUAAAAAUGCAUUUGGCAUUAUAUAGUAAGCAUUUGGCUUACGAUAUAAAUUUACAAAUUAUUUGAUGUACAUUCCUUCCUAAGGCCAGCUGCGGUAA